GCUGUAGAUUUAAAACUAGAAUUCCAUUUUCUGAGCCGAUUUAGGCAUCGGAUUCAAGAUUUGACAUUAUUCCACAUCUGGUACAGCUUUCGAAAACAAAUUCGAAUAGAAACGGUAUGGGGCCUUCAAAUCCGCCCGCAUCCGUGGUCGUAUCAUCUCUAGUCAUGAUGGAACAUUGACUGAGUGUGCGUUGCGAUCCAAUGUCAUCCGAUUAUCCGUCUGGCCAUAAUCUUGUGCAUGGUGACAACUUCUCGGGCUUGUGAAGUCAUCGGCUUUCGUCUUGUCACCCUCAGUCUGUGGGUUCCUUGUCGUCCCACCCUGAUUGUUAUUGGAGCUAUCGAUUUUGUCCCUAGGGAAAACAUGCUGAGCCGAGAGUGGAACAUGGAACAACAAGAAAAAGGAGGAGAAAAGAAGAGCAAAGAAUGAGGGGAAAUAGUGAAGAGAGAGAGAGAGAGAGGAAGGAGGAGGAGGAAAGAGGAAAGAGGAAAGAAGGCAGGAAGGCCGCCGAGCGAGCGGAUGGCUAAGUGAGUGAGUAAGGGAGUGAGGGAGCGCUGUUGGUGACUGAUCAUCUUCAUUUCCCAAUGCUUUCUCGGGCACAUUACUUCUCUCGAGAGUAUACAUGCACAGCACCAAGAACAACUCUCUGUGUGUACGUGUUCCUGGAACAGAUCUGAACAACAGAUUCGUUUGUUCAUUCCCAACUGAAGACGACCAUGAAGUCCUGAACUGAACAUCACUAUUAGCUCCUUCUCCACACAACCGUGUUCCCUCGCUUCUUUGGCAACCAUAUAACUCUCAGGAACAAAAAAUAUGCUCUCCUCCGUGAAUGCUCCGGCAGAGGAUCUCUUGGGGCCCGCCCAUCAUGCCUCCAAUUUGGGAGGGACGGACAUGACAUCGCACAUCGUGGACGAGAGUGAGCGGAAAGUCGUGGCCGAGUUCUGCCAUCUCCUCGAGAAAUCCAAGCAACUCUUCAACGGCCUUCGGGAUCUGCCACAAUAUGGGCACAAGCAAUGGCAAGGCUACUUUGGUCGGACCUUUGAUAUUUACACGAAAUUGUGGAAAUUCCAACAACAACACCGAGCCAUCUUGGACGCACGAUAUGGUCUCAAGCGAUGGCAGAUUGGCGAGGUGGCGUCCAAAAUCGGCCAACUUUACUACCACUACUAUUUGAGGACGAGCGAGACCAAUUAUCUGAAUGAGGCCUUCUCCUUCUACGCGGCCAUUCGAGGACGAGCUUAUUAUUCCAGAGCUGGACGAGAGGACAGCUUGUUGUAUUUCAGGCCGGAUCUGAUGGUGAAGAAACUUCGUUUCUACGCCCGCUUCAUCGUGGUGUGCCUUCUGCUCAAGAAAAUGAAGCUCGUCCGGGAUUUGGUCCGAGAGUUGGCCAAGCAUAUUGAUGAAUACACAGCCACCUACGAGCCCGACGAUCAGUUGGAAUGGUCCUUGGUCUUGGGAGAGAUCAAAGGCUUCAUUGAAGCGGACACAGUGGUCAAUGUGUUGGAUUCCGAUUCCAAUAGUAUCGUCCUGUCUCACAGACUCAACCCCUUGAUAACCCCACCGGUGGAAAAAUCUCCGAUUAUGUCACUUUCGUUGCAAGAGGUCGUCUUAGUGGGUUCACAAAGUGAUCAAGUGAAAUUUAGCGAGCUGACCUUGGACAUGUUUCGAAUGCUUCAAACCUUGGAAAGGGAGCCUCAAGAAGAAUUUGCUCAGAUCUAUGACACAUCUCCGGCGCCGGGAAGAUCUCCUUUCGAAAAUGGCGGAGGAAUAGGCAUGAAACGAGAAAAUCCUCACAAAUACUUGUUGUACAAGCCGACCGUCUCGCAAUUCCUAAUCUUCAUGGCAUCUGGCCAUCGUGAGCUGCCUUCCAAUGGUGCUCUCUUGCUUUUCAUUUCCGGGGACGGAUGUUUCUCCACUAAACCCAGUCCCGUGGAUCGAAGCUACGAUCUAGGUGGGGUUCUCUUGUCCACCAAGAAAGAUAGCUCUGAGUCGAUCAUCACACCGCUUGUUUCGUCCAAACAGAUUUUGCACACGUGCGAAUCUAACUGUCUUCAUCCAGGGGAUUUGCAACCAUUCACUCGUCGGCCUUUAUUUCUCAUUGUUGAUUCGGAUAACUCUGUGGCCUUUGGAAGUCUUCAAAGAAUAUUUGACCAACCCCUCAUUGUGCUAAUGUCUCCUCAAGAAAUUCCUACCGCCUUUCAAGAUGACAGACAUAAAGGAAGUUUAUACUCGUUAUUUCUUCAUUCACCUUUGUCCGGAUUUGCUUUCAUCACCAACAUCGUGGAUAUUCCCAUUCAUUUGUGGGACAAAUGCCAAGCUUAUGUGGAUCGUUUCAUGACCGAAGCUUCCAGAUUGGUCACUCGCUCAAGAGGCGUUGAUACGUCUUAUCUCAAUUUCAUGGGAGACGAUUUUAUGCGUCUCAUCCUUUGCCGCCAUAUCUUCUCUUGCGUGGUGCUCCGUAUUCAUCGGAACUUUCGGAGCCGUAACAAGUGUCUCCCAACCUCCAAUCCGACUCUCCCUGAAUUGGAUAUCCUGGAAAACCCGACAUUGCAGCGUUAUGCUCUAGAUUUGGCCCUCCAAUUAGACGUUCGACAUCAUUUCACAGAGUGCGGAGAAAUCGACUGAUACAGGACUCCAUCUAGAUUAUUCUUCACUUAUUGAAAUGAUGUCCAAUGAUGAUGAUUCAUAUUCAAGCUAAUCAUUCCCGAAUUGUAUUUGUAAACACAUCAGCAAAUCAACCGAAACUAGCAUUCAAUGCCAAUUUCAUCAUGCACCACCAAUGCCUUUGAAAGAAAACCAACGCAUCAACCCGCGCGCUAUGGUGCUGAACACAAUGACCAAACUAUUUCACAUUUGAAUGAAUGAAGGCUUCUCAGGUUCCUCUUUCUCUAUAAUCUCACUAAGACAAUUCAAUUCUGAAGCUUUAAUUAUGCCGUACAGCAACCUCCUAAAGCAUACUGUUCUGUAUUCACUAGUUCAAUGUCAUUCGCAACACAUGACCUCGGCGAUUGUCAACUUUUUCCUGUGGUUCCCUUUUUCUUUUUCUUUAUGUCUGAUUGGCUCUUCCCUCAGAACUCUUUGUUGUGAAUACUUUUUUCCGUGACAUGUGCACUAAAAAUAGGUGCCAUUCAUCUCAUACCGUCUGAGAGGAUAAGCGCGUUUCUCCAAUCCACUUCAACUAUAUGGCAAUUGAUCUUGUACCUUCUCUUUUCCUCUAAAUCUUUCCAUCUCUUUUCCAUGACCGCCAAAAUAUCUUGCCACUUCAUCCAAGUCCGAAAUGUAUUUUUUAUCUAGUGUCACCGUUAUCAAUGUGAUAAGUCAAAUCGUAAAUAAAUCCAUUUAAUGUCUU